AUGAGUAGUAGUAGUAGUUCAUGGACGAAUAGAAAAUUUAACGUUAGUAGAGUUGGAGGUGUUAAAAUAGGUACAUUCGAUAGAUCAUAUAAAACAAAUUACACAUCGGGAAGAGGUGGUGGUAUGGGUACGGGUGGUACGGGUGGUGUUAAAAUAGGAAAUGUAAAACCUAUUAUCACAUCGGGAAAGGAAAUUUUACCAGAUAUUGGUCCUAACAAUAGGAAAUCAAAUUCGGAUGGGAAUGCAGUUUAUCAAAGGAACAAACAAGAGGUUAUACUAUUUAAAUUGAGAUUGCUUUUGCCUUAUAAAAGUUUCGGAUUUAGAGAAUAUAAUAAAGCUACAAGUUCCGCAUUGAAUAUAUUAAAAAGGGGAACGACGAGAAAAUUGGAUUUUUUCAAAAGAUACGACAUUGAAACACAAAUCGAAACGUUAACAAUGACGCCGAGUCCAAUAAUUGGUCCAAAAGGAAAGAAUGCCAGGGAAUAA